UUUAAUUUUUUUUUUUUAUGUAUUGUAAAGUUGAAUUUGUAAACUUUUUUUCUCUAAAAAAAUUAAAUUGUAAAUUUAAAUUUAUAAUAAAAAUAUGCAAUUUAAAUAUUAUUAAUUAAAUAAUAUCUUUAAAAUAUAAUAUUCAUUAUUGAAAUAUUGAAAUAUAAUGUAUUAAAUAAAUUAUAUAUUAAAAAAAAAAAAUAUCGAUAAAAUAAUAUAAUCAUUUGGACUAUUCCAUUGAUAAAUCAUUAUAUAUAUUCAAUAUAUAUUCAAUUGAAAAUUAAAAAAAAUUAAAAAAUAUUAAUAAAUUUAAUAAUACUUGAAGUAUUAAAAUUAAUGACAGUUUACAUACGACACACACACACACACACACACACACACACACACACACACACACACACACACACACACACACACACACACACACACACACACACACACGCACACACACACGCACACACAAAUAUAUUAUAUAUACAAAUUAAAUUAUUAAAAAAUGGUCGAGUAGUGUCAAAUAUAACAUGCAUUUAAUUAUUAUAUUCUUUUUUAAGUGAAAUUUUUUUUUUCUUUCCAAAAUUUAUCAAAACACUUCUGACAUCUAAUAUCUUAUUGGCUGAUUUUUAUAUAUUAUUAUGUAGUCUAUAUUAUACUUUAGUAAAGUUUCAUAUAAGGAAAUUAAUUUUUUAUGAAAUAUAAUGAUAAACUUUUUCGAUAUUAUUGUUUAAUAAAUAUUUCAAUUUUUUUUAAUAUCAUUAUACUUUUAUAAAAAUUUCAGUAUCAUUAUAUUAUUUUUAAUGUUAUAUAUUCUUACUGUCAUCAAAUUAUUAUGUAUAUUAAGAAAUUUUUAUGUAUAUUAAAUAUUCAAUGGUAUAGUAUAUAUUUUAUAUACUUAAAUAAAUAUAGAUAUGUUUGAAUAAUAAUUUAACGAUUUUUUUAUGAAUAUAUGUCAUAAAUGUCAAGAUCAAAUAUAAAAAAUAUAUACGUACGAAUAAUAAAAUGAUAUAUGAACAAAGAAUUAUCCAAAUAUUUAUUUUAUACUUGAAUAUGUUUUAAAAUAAUAAAUUAAUAAUAAUAUAAAUUAAAAAUAAUUCCAUAUAAAUAAAUGAUAUUAAAAUUUCUAUAAGUAAAAAAUAAAUAAAAAAUUUAAUAUUUCAUAUAUUAUGUAAUAUUAUAUAUUUUAUGUUUUAUAAAUCAGUAUUUUUUCAACUUUUUCUACGAAAACAAUUUUAAAUGUCACUUAAGUAAUAACAAAUUAUAUAAAACAGAAUAAUUUAUUAUCAUCAGUAUAUUUAAUUACUAUUUCUUUUAACUAUGAAUAUUUUUUUUAUUUCUCGAAUGAUUAAGUAUUUACUUAUAUAAGUUUGUUUGUGCAAAUAUAUAAAUAGAUGGAAUAAUCUAGUUCGUAUUUAGUUUUCUAAAAGAAGUUUUAUAAGAAAGAAAUUUAAUUAUUUUGAUUAUAAAGAGUGAUAAAAUUUUACAUUAUGCGCUAUAAUUAUAUUGUAUUAUUAAUAUUAUCUUUAUUAACGUGGACGUAUGCCGAGGAACUUUAUUCUGAUAAAUAUGAUUAUGUGAAUAUUGACGAAAUUUUAGCAAAUGAUCGUCUACGAAAUCAAUAUUAUGAUUGUUUCAUCGAUGCAGACUCUUGUAUAACUCCAGAUUCGAUGUUUUUUAAAAGUCACAUAACAGAAGCGUUUCAAACACAAUGUAAGAAAUGUACUGAAAUUCAAAAACAAAACAUGGACAAAUUAGCAGAAUGGUUUACUACAAAUGAACCAGAAAAAUGGAAUCAUUUUGUGGAAAUAAUGAUAAAGAAAAAAGAUGAAGACGCAUAAGGUUCACUUUAAAUAAUUAUUACUAUAAUUAAUUUUUUAUAUAAAUUAUAGUAUAGAAUAGUAGCAAUUAUUAGUAAUUGAAAUAUAUCUAUUAUAUUAUAAUUAUAUAAUGUUAUGACAAAUAUAAUAAAAUUAUUAUAAAAAUAUAA